GCGACUCGGUUGAUUCAGAUCGGCACUUCGGAGCAUUUUCGCGACUCGGUUGAUUCAGAUCGGCACUUCGGAGCCUGUUACCUUCGCUGUGCUGAAAACAUGGACUCCAGUUCUCGUCGUUUCUCGCUGUUUGACAUCGUUUUUCUCGUUUUAACGUGCCAUUUCGUGCAAGGAGAGGACACUGCUGAAUGUCCUGCAGAUGGACGCAUGUGGUUGCCAUUCGGACUCAGCUGCUAUCACUUCGUCCAUGGAGAAGAGGACAUCGCCAAAAGCUACUACCUUCAAGAUGCCAAAGACAUGUGCAGAGGAUAUGAUCUCGUGACAGUAAAAAGUGCCGAGGAGAAUGACUUCAUCAUUAAGUACACCCCUUCUGUAUGGAAAAGCAGAAUGAGCAUCUGGCUUGGGAUGUACUACGACAGCGAUAAAGAUGUCUUCAGGUGGCAUGAUGAUAACAGCGUGUUGAGCUACAGUAACUGGGAGGACGGCGGCUCUGACGACACUGAUCUGGUGCUCUUGGACACGUGUGUCGUUCUUCACUCCGAGACGGGGAAGUGGGAAAACGUCAGCUGCACGGAAGAGCCUGAGAACGGAGUAGUGUGUAAGACCAAGGCAGUCUGGAAACGUCCCCCUAAGGGCAGUCCUCUUCUGUCAGCUCUGGUCAUCAUCAGCGUGGUGCUGAUUGUGCUCAUUUCUGCCGUGGUUUGGUUCAUUCACCAAAGAAACGGCUCGGGUUCAUCCGUCCUCAACCUGAUCGAGUACCACCCGCCCUUCAGAUCCCCGUCCACCGAUCAGGCCGGUUUGAUCGAAGCUGAAGAAAUCGAGGCGGUGCCUUAGUGUUUUCAUCCGUGCUCGGGUGAGAAUAAUCAGCAGGGGUUUAUGGGAGAUUGUGAACUCUUUCCUUUUCACUGGUUCCUCCGUGGCGGUCCACGCAGAACAAAACAAGGCCGUCGUGACUCAAAUUAUCUGUUUCUCUGGGGUGGAACUGAGUGAGGACUGUGUGGGAAAAUACGGUCUGUCUGAAUGCCAUGUGUGAAAUAAACCUAAAACAGUU